AUGGACCGCCAAAAAUGCGAAACGCUUCAUGAUAAUUUAUAUGCCUUCACGGGUCCGGCAUUGGAAGGAACUUAUUGUGGAUUCGGAAAGGAAUGUCGUAGCGGAGAAUGCGUACCCGUUAUCGAACCACCGUACAUUUUUGAGAAUUGUGAAGAUGAUAACUGGAGUGAAUGGAAAGAAGGCACCUGUCAAAGCAUUUGCUUGGAGAAAUCUAAAGGUGUAAAACUCAAACGACGUUCUUGCAGACAUAGGAAUUACAGAACGACGAGUUGCCAAGGGCCAUAUUACGACGUAGUCCGUUGCGAUGAUACUUUGCCUUGCUUUAAGAAACGGAAGACGAUCGAUUCAUUUACCAAAAUAAUAUGCAUGAAAUAUAUCAAUAACUUAUCCACCUUGCCGUUUAAGAAGUUGACGCUUGAACUAGCACCUAAUUUCGAGCCAGGAUGGCAUGCCGCUCAUGAUUUUGAGAAACCGUGGAUAGCCUGUACUAUACACUGCCGACGAAAAAAUUCGUCUACUAUCGACGCACAACGCUUGAAAAUGCUCAACCUUAAUAUUAAUCCGUACUUUCCAGAUGGAACGUGGUGUCAUGAGAAAGAUGGCCAAAAUUAUUAUUGUCGACAACAUUACUGUCUGCCUGAAAGCUACUCUUAAGAAUUUUUGAGGGAUUAUCAACAUGUGUGAACAAGAAUCGAGGGAAAAAAAAUUAUAAAAUGCGCAUAAAUCAGUAUAGAUAAGUUGGUGAAUUCGUUUGGUACCGAAUCUUUGAUCGCACAAUCUGUCGUGUUAACAUUUGUUUUGCGUAUCAUAUAUAUCUUACUUGAUAGAGUCAAUAAACUACGUCAAAUUAUAAUAUCUAAAACAAAUUUUAGCAAUUAGCAUUAGUAAAAACAUAAUAAACAAUUAAAGUAACACAUAAUAAUUAAUAUGUCUGCAAAAAGGGAAAAUAAAUAGCUCAAUAAAGUAGAGAUACUUUUAUUCCGUUCAACACAAUGUAUCCAGAGAAAAUCCACGA